UAGAAAGGUAUAAAAUUAAUCUUGACUAAGGUAUGCACAUCCUUUGCAGAAUAAUCAACAACAUAGUGACGUUACUGAAAUGUGUCGCACGGACGGCAUUUGUGAUAUUAAACAAUGUCUAUUGCAUACCUACGUAUGUAGUAUGGAUGAUGUUACUGUUUCCUGUAAAAAUAUAUCAACCACAAGUGUACUGGCGAAUCGAAGGCCUAUUUUUCCACUGGUUGCUGGCAAUGGUGUCGAUGUGGACUUGGUCCGCAGGCUACGACAUAAUAGAGCAAGGUGAUGACAUACAGAAGAUUAUAAGCGAGAAAACAUUAGUUAUAGCGAAUCAUCAGAGCACUGGUGAUGUUCCUAUAUUAAUGACAACAUUUAACGCCAAACCAAAUGUUCUACCUAAUUUAAUGUGGAUAAUGGAUAGAGUGUUCAAAUUUACUAAUUUCGGAAUAGUUUCUGUAUUACAUCAAGAUUUCUUCAUUUCAUCGGUAAGUGCAAAUAAAGUUUCUCUUUGA